AUGUCUGCAACAAUAACAUCAGCAGGCAAUCAUUCCCUUCAGAUCACCAUUCCCUCCUAUCAGGUGAGGAAUGAUUAUAUAGUCUAUCAACUUGUCCUCUCUCUAUUCAAUUCUACAACUUUAGCCGUAACAAAAGAAAUAACAUGCAAGAAACGAUAUUCCGAGCUCAGAGAUUUUCAUACCGAUGUUGUUUGCUCUCUUUUACCAAAAGAUAAACAAGCAAUUCUCAAGUUUCCUGCAAAAAUUAUGUUCGGAAAUAUGAAGAAGGAAACUAUAGAGAAGAGACUAAUGCUUCUCGAACAAUACUUUUCAUCAUUAUUGUCUGUUUUAAAUUGGGAUGCAGAUAAAUAUUCAGAGUUGAGAAAUGCUAUCGUAAAAUUAUUCGAAUCUACUGGGACGCCCUAUGUGAGCAAACAAACAAAUAGUUUGAUGGAUAAUUCUUUUGAAGAAAAAUGUUAUAAGGAAUUAACUCAUCUUCAAUUAUUGUUAAAUGAUUCCGAGUGUUAUUGGCUUCCUUUUUGUUCACCUUUUAAAUAUGCUAGGUCAACUAUGAGUGUAACAACAAACAUUUGUAAAUUAGAACAACAAGCUGAAAAGGUGAUACAGAAACUUUACAGUGCAAUGGAUGAAAAAAGCCUUCUUUUAAAAGCUCAGAAAUUUGUAACUAAUUUUGUGAGCAAAAUGCAUGAACUGACACUUAGCACUGCAACUCUCUUCAAGGUUCUACUCAAUAUGGAAGAAGCACAGGAUCAGGAAAAUUGCAUUAAUGACAUAAUUAAUCAAGGAAUACAACAUUUGGAGGAAGCAACCAGAAUGAAGAAUGUGUUGAAUAGAGAUUAUUUUGAACCAAUGUGGAAACAAAUUACAAAGGGAGAUCUCAGCAAGGAAAUCGUAAUGGAUUUUUAUUUAACUUUGGUAUUGCUUGGAGUAAAUCCAAAAUAUAGAUCGAGCGAUGUUCUACUUGCGGCCAUUGAUUUAGAUGAAGAAUUUUCAAAGGAAGCAUUAGAAUAUAACAAUAAUUUCAUGAAUAGACAAGCUGGAUUUGAGGAUGAAUUUAGCUAUCUCAGUUUUGCACUUGAUACUGAUUCACAAUCUACCUAUGAUGAACCUGCCAGCAAAUAUCAUCAAGUGGUUUCGAAUAUUUGGAAUCAACUCGAUAUUAGAGUGGAAACAAGUUCGCUAGACAAGUUAAAAGACAGAUUCGAAAUAGCAACAGAGGAAUGUGAGAAAAAGACUUCUUUUUACAUUGGAUUAUCACAAGCUCUCAUCAAGGUAUCAAAAACCAUGUUGGAAAUGAGAGGGAAAUUAUCACAGACAGCUCUUCUUAAUGUAAUUCCUGAAAUCAAAUCAAGUUUAGAGGAAGUGCAAAUAGCUCUUAUUAGAAUCCAGAAAAAGUGUGAUGGAUUUAUUGAGCAACAAGAUUUACGAAGUAAUGGCAAUCUAUUCGUUCUCUCUCAAUCGAACUAUUGUAAAGAUAAAACCUAUCGAUUCAUCAGUGUUGUUCCUGAUGAAGGUGAUGCAACCAAUUCAUUCAGUGGUGAUAAAUUAAAAACCUCCAUCUCUAUUGGCAUUGAUUAUUUACGGGCUCAGGGAAUUUUACCAACAGGAGUUUCCAUUGAAAAUGUUUUUGUUGUUACAAAGAAUGAUUUAUCGGGUGCUAUUGAAAAGAUGAGGAAUUUAAUUAUGGUCAAUGGAACAAAGGAUGAAAGAUAUGUGGGAAUUAUUGGAGCUUACUACAGCUAUGAAUCUUUGACGAUUGCUUAUGAAAUUGCCUACGAAUAUCAAAUUCCAAUGAUUUCGUAUGGUUCUUCUACGUCUGUACUUUCGUAUAACAGAUGGUUUUAUAGAGUUAUUCCAUCUUCGUUAGCCAUGACAUCUGCAAUGGUGGAAUUUUUAUAUUCUUUGGAGUGGUCAACUAUUUCAGUUUUGGCAUCAAAUGAGGUUUAUGGAGUUGAUUGUGCAAGGAAUAUUCAAGCAACAGCUAAAGAAAUUGGUAUGACCAUUGAUAAUGUAUAUUAUUUCAAGGUUGGUGAUCACCAAGAAUUAGCAGAUCGAGUUACAAAAAUCAAAGAAUCUGGAACCAAGGUGAUUGUGACAAUUAUGACUUCAGAUACUGAUGCCACUUUUCUAUUGGGAAAAAUUAAGGAAAUGCAACUCAACACUGAGGGAUAUAUUUGGAUGUUUGAUGAAACUUUUGCCUAUCAGCCUGGUAUUUCUGCAAAGAAUGUUUCACUCACAUCUGAUUCACAGGGAAUGUUCUUUGUGGAAUUGAAUUCUGGGUUGUGGUCUAGUGAUUUGUACUUUGUUGGAAAGUUUAUGCAACAAUAUAAUUAUUCGAGUGUGGAAGAGACCUAUUCACAAAUUCAAGCUUUUGAUAGUGAUGUUAACGAAUUACAGAGAUUUGCAUUCGACUCUGCUUUGAGUUUUGGUUAUACUAUUCGUGAUAUGUGUCAAAGUGGAUUGGAUCCAACUCAUGGUGUUGCGAUGGUUUCCUCUAUUGAUCAAGUAUCAUUUAUUGGAGCUAGUGGAAAAGUUUCGUUUGACUCUUAUGGAGAUCGUUUGGGAGUUUAUUAUUCUGUAAAUAAUGUGGAUGGAAACGAGGCCACCAUUGUUGCUAAAUGGAGCCAACGUGAAUCUAUAGUUUGGGACGAAUUUUUCUAUGUAAAUAGAACUCUCAGAGUGCCUUGGGGUAAAAUCACAAAUGUUCAAAUCUUUUUGAAUUCACCCCUUACAGGAAACAGAUGGUUUUCAAUUCCAUCAGUCAAUCAGGUACCACCAGAACGUCACAGUCAUACCAUGUCUCUAGGAAUUACAACAAAUAGACUAUAUUUAUUUGGAGGUAAUUCUCAAUCUAAACUUAAUUUUGACAUGUAUUCUGAUUUGUGGAAGUAUGAUUUUAUCAGUGGACAAUGGUCUAAAAUGGAGGCUCUCGAUGGAUACUCUCCAAAGGGUAGAGAGGGCCACAUAAUGUGGACUGUUCAAGCUGGUGUCUAUAGCACGGAUGAAAGAAUCAUUAUAUUUGGAGGAAAGUCAGGUUCUUACACAGAUGACAUGCUCGAAUAUUCUACUCUCAGAUCUCAGUGGAGAACAAUUUCUCCAAAUUCAUACAAGCCAUUUGCGAGAUACUCAGCCAAGAUUGCUCAGUACAAAAACAAAGUCUACAUGUUUGGAGGUUUGACCUAUAAUGGUGUAAGAGAUGAUAUGUGGAUAUGGAAUAAUGAGAAUUAUCAAUGGAGUAAGGUUAACCAGACAUCCUCGGCUGUUUGGCCUUAUGGUAGAUAUUCUCACUGUAUGUCUGUUUAUACAUACAAUGGAAAUCCGUAUAUUUUACUUUUUGGAGGAAAAGGUCCAGCUGGUGAACCUUUAUCUGACAUGUGGCGUUUUGACAUGACUCAAGAAACUUGGGCUCAAAUAAGUCAAACAGGAGAUGUUCAAGGAGCUGUGUUUGAUUCUACAUGUGUAGCCACUGAUAAGUAUUUAUAUGUAUUACAUGGAAAGACUGUAAAAGGAAGUCAACAAAUUAUGUUCAAGAAGGUAAUGAGAGCUGACUUGCCGUUCACACAAACAUCAGUCAAAUGGAAAGUGACAGAGUCCAAUCUCAGCGAUCCUAGGUCAAAUGUUGCUUCUGUUUUCUUUUCCAAUUAUAUUAUUUGGUUUGGUGGUCUAGGUCUAGAUUAUGACUUUAAUGAUUUUUAUUCAUUGAAUGUCAUUAAUCAAAAGAUUGUUAAAGUGAAUAAGAACUUUUUUGCUCCUAGCCCUGUAGUAGCUCACACCAUGUCUACCUUAGGUGCAUCCCUUUACUUAUUUGGAGGAUAUAUUGGUGAUGACAUUCCUUCCAAUCUACUCUACAAAUAUUCUAUUGCAUCCGAAACGUGGUCUAUUGUCGAUACUCAAACUAAACCAUCACAAAGAUCAUAUCACACCCAAGUGACACUUGGUGAUCGUAUUUGGGUGUUCGGUGGUAUUGAGUCUUCAUCAAAAGUUUAUUCUGAUAUUUGGACCUUUUCUGCCAGUGCUGAUUCAUGGACUCUUGUUGAGCCUAGAACAUCUGCAGUACCUAUAGCAAGAUAUAAGCAUGCAAUGACAAGAAAUGAAACCCAUUUGUUUGUAAUUGGUGGUAGAACUCAAACAACUCAAUUGACAGAUAUUUGGGCUUUUGAUACAGAAACGAAAACUUGGUCGAAAUUCAAGCAAAUUAUUACCUACGCCUAUACAAUAGAUUGCUCUGCAAAAUGGUUCUCUGCAGAAGAAACAGGAUCAUACCCUGCUAUUUUACUAUUUGGUUGUCAUGAUUUUUCAGGUACGCCAACAGCUAAUUAUUACAAGGUUGAGAUAACUGACGUUAACAAUGACCAGUUCAGGCUAUCAUACAGUACAUUGUUUAGAGAAAUAGAACCUAGGUCAGGGUUGGUAGCUGUCAAGUUAUCAGGAUUCAAAUCAAUGAUAUUUGGAGGUAGAAUGGAUCAAGAAUUGUUUAAUACCUUAUUGCUUGUUGAGGGAUCUACUGGAAACACAAGUGUGAUUCUUCCUCCAUUGACUGAGCAUGAACUACCUUCUGCUAGAGCCUACCUUUCCUAUUCAUUUAUUGGAAAUUCAAUUUACAUAUUUGGUGGUGUUGGUGCACCAGAAGGAACUGAAUUCAUUUUACCAUCUCUUAGAAAUGGUGACAUGUGGAAAUAUAAUAUUGGCAAUGUUUGUAAAGGCAAAGAUUCUACCAAUUGUUACAAAUGUGGACCAGGAACUUAUGAAACCUAUGGAAUGUGCGAAUUUUGUCAGCCAGGGUCAUAUAAUGAGCAGUAUGGAGCCAUUGAUUCAUGUACAGCAUGUCCAAAAGGAUUUUACAGUGAUGUAUAUGGAGCAAAUCAUGCUCAGUUUUGCCUUCCUUGUGAGUAUGGUACCUAUUCUGAUAAGCCAGGAAGUACCUAUUGCUUACCUUGUCCAGAUGGAGCUGUUUGUCAACUUGGUGCUAUCCAACCAGUCUAUAACUAUACAAAGAUUGCUUACAGAAAAUCAAAUCAACCAGAUGCCUACUUUUCCAAAGAAGUGGAGAACAGUAAUGCUAUCAAAAUUGAAGCUGGUAUUAUUGCAUCAAUUGCUGGCUCUCUUAUUCUGAUAGUGUUUUUCUGUUGGAAAGUUUUUAAUAUUCCAAAAGAAAACUGGAUCAAGAGAAUGGACUUUUUCUUUACUGAGAGACACAAUAGAUUAAUGGGUACAAUGAUCAAAAGAAGAUCAAUUGUUGGAGCUUGUUACAGUUUUAUUGUUUUGGUAGCGUUCUUGGCCUACAUUAUUGCACUUGUUGUCCCUUACUACAAUUACGGAAAUUAUGUGGAAAACAGAAGCUUGGUUCCAAACCUUGCUUUGGAUGACGAAUUCAAAUCAGAUGCAGUGAUUAGCCUAAAAAUUCUAGGUUUUAACGGUCGGUGCACUGAGGGAAAUCAAACAAUUAUUGACAAGCCAAUGAAAUGUCAAGAGAAGCUGUCCAUAUUCCUGGAAUCAAUUGAUUAUGACAAUUCCACGAAAGGUAGUAAUUUCGAAUAUGAUUGUCAAAUUGACGAUGAUGGAGCUGGUUCGAGAAGUUGUAUUGUUUCUAUGAGAUUUACUAAUUGUGCAUUUGCCAAAGAUAGAAAAACAGCAACUAUUGGUAUUAAGGUUGGUGGUAGUAAUGCAUUUGCCAAUGGAUAUGAGUAUCAAGUAGAUUUUGCUUCUGCCUACAUUGAUGUUUAUAUGCCUGAAAAAUUACCACAGAGAUCAGUAAUUAAUGGCACAAUUUACUCUGAUGAUAACACCUUCUUUAGAGGAACCAAAACUCCAACCCAGGUCAAUUUCCAAUUAAUUCAAAACAGAUACACAAUUCCAUCUAAAAAUAUUAAGCAAACAGGCUAUGUCAUUGAUUUCCAAGAUCAGUCACAGGGAGACGUUGUUGAAUCUCUAUCAUUUAGUCACGAAAAUGGCCUUUAUUUUGUGUUGAGUUUUGAAAAGCUAUCCACAACACUUGAAUUAGUUCUCUCUGAGAAGAAGGUUAUCUUUGUCUUUUUAACUGACAUGCUUGCUUCACUUUCAGGUAUUUUCUCAUUGACAGCAUUGACCAUGUCAAUAACUGAAUUUUUCAUUUUCCACUAUAAGAGAAUUAGAGCUAAUUUGAUUGCCUAUAGAAAGAAACAUGCCAGUAUGGAUACCAACUAUUUAUUGGACGAAGUAGUACUUCAGGGAACUGAAUAUCAAGCAAUGAAGAAAAAUCUCAAUAGACAAGACGAAGCAUUCUACGAUGACAUUACAAUAGCCAAAAUUUAUCACAAGAAGGGAAUGAGAAGAAAUGUUGUGUACAUUCCUUCCAAUGCUCUAGAGGAUGAAGAACUCAUCGAUGCUAACCAACAUGAACUAGUCACUGAAAAACCACCCUCAACAGAAACCUACAUGGAAAUGCACGAGAAUGCAGACGAAUAUGCACCACCAGUUUUAGCCAACAACCGAUCUGUCUCAAUUUUCUCCAAACGAAAGAAGAAGAAUUCAAAGUCUGAACUUGCAGAACCAUUCAUUACCGAAGAGGAAAUGGAUUUGGAUGAUCUUGUCAAUGAGCAAGACAAUAAUUUCUCACUCAAUGACAUCAAAGGACCACUCACAUCUUCAACCACAGCAGUACCUUACUACAAAUAAAAGACUUCAAUUAGUAU